UUGGAAUUGAAUUUGGCAUUGGAGGAGAGAGAGAGAGAGAGAGAGAUGUUGUUGCAGGUGGGGGGCCAAGGUAGUCGUCCGACGUUCUUCGAGAUGGCGGCGGCUCAACAGCUUCCGGUGAGUGUGCGCGGUGCUUUAACGUACUCAAUGGGUGUGUUGGCGUUGCGAAGGCCCUUCCUUCACAGAUUCUUAGACUUUGAAGAUGAAUCUUUCUCCUUACUCAUGCUCCUCCUCGAAACUCACAGCUUACGAAACACAGAUGCUUCUUUUUCUGAAUCCCUAUACGGCCUCCGAAGAAGACAAGCCAAUAUCAGACUCAACAAUGAUGCUAAUGGCUUACGGAGGCGCCAAAAAGUUCUUUCUGUUGUUUUUUUGGUUGUGUUGCCAUAUUUGAAAUCUAAAUUGCAUUCAAUCUACAACAAGGAAAGGGAAGCUAGGCUUCAAGCCACUCUAUGGGGAGAUGAAAAUGAAGGAUAUGAUGUCCCACUCCCACGAGGUUUUGAACUAGACCCUCCAGUGUCUACGGCAACCUUUGAUGCUGCUGAUUCCUCCAUUACAACACGCAUCAGAAAGAGACUUCAGAAAAUUGUUGGAAUUUGCUACCCAUGGUUACAUGCUACUAGUGAGGGCUUGCAAUUUGCUUACCAGCUGUUAUACCUGUUGGAUGCUACUGGAUACUACUCACUGUCACUUCAUGUGCUUGGGGUUCAUGUCUGCCGAGCUACAGGGCAAGAACUGUUGGAUACGUCUUCUAGAAUUUCGAAGAUGCGUAACUUUGAACGUGAGAGACUUCGUGGCCCUCAAUGGUUGAAGACAUUGCAAGGAGCACUGCUCAGCUGUAUGUACACUGUACUUGACUAUGCCCAAACCGGUUUGAUUGCAGCAGUGUUCUUCUUUAAAAUGAUGGAAUGGUGGUACCAGUCUGCUGAGGAGAGAAUGUCAGCUCCAACAGUAUAUCCUCCUCCCCCUCCUCCUCCCCCACCAAAGGUAGCCAAAGAGGGGAUACCGCUACCACCAGACAGAACAAUUUGCCCCUUGUGCUCGCAGAAGCGUGUAAAUCCAUCUGUAGUUACAGUUUCGGGUUUUGUCUUCUGCUAUGCUUGCAUAUUUAAGUAUAUUACUCAGUAUAAGCGCUGCCCAUUGACGUUGAUGCCUGCAACAGUUGACCAGAUAAGGAGACUAUUUCAGGAUGUCUAGGCCCCGGGCCGGCUAUAGCUAAUUGUUGUCAUGAGUAUAGGGUAAAAGAUUAUCGGUGGUGGUUGUACUAAUGUAAAUCUCUUUCUUUUAUAGUAUAGAGGCUAGUUAAGAGGCAUCAUUUUUGUUAUUUUCCUCUUAUUUAUUCGUACAUAGUUCUGACUACAACAAUACGACUUUAUCUUUUUCAUUCUGCUCAGCGAUGAACUACUGCAGAUACAAAAACAAAACAGUACAGAUUGAGACGUUU